UUCCUCCAUUCAUGACUCCGCCCACUGGUCCCACCUGGAAUGUAGACCGGGUGGUUACUAGUGUUUUUAGUUCCUAGAGCCGGGACAACUAGCUUAGCUGUUAACAACCAAGUUAAACAUAAAUCUGUUUCAUUACAAAGACUCUAACACUGAAUCAUGGCAGCGAACACAGGCACCUCUCUAGUGCUGUCCAGUCUGCUGUCAGUGCUGGUAUUUGCUGGGAUGCAGAUGUUCAGUAAGCAGCUGGGAUCCACUGAGUGGCUCACCAUCCUGGGAGGUUUCCUGGGCUCAGUCCUCUUCAUCUGCUCCCUCACUGCAUUUAAUAAUUUGGAAAAUCUGUUUUUUGGAAAGGGAUUCCAAGCCAAGAUAUUCCCAGAGAUUCUGCUGUGCCUGUGCCUGUCACUGUUUGCCUCUGGUCUGGUACACCGUGUCUGCGUCACCACAUGCCUGAUAUUCUCCCUCUUCGCUCUGUACUACAUCAACAAAGUAUCAGCCGCUCUCUACCAAGCAGCCGCCCCCGCAGUAACACCAGCCAAGGCUGCCAGCAAGGGCAAGAGGAAGAACUGAUGAAUCUGUUGGAUCCCACUUGCAUCCAGUGAAUCAGUUAAUAUUACCCAGGUUCUGACACACAGCAGUUGUGUAUUUUGUAAUGUAUUAAAUCCAUAACCCCUCGGUGUAUUUCUGCAGGAAAGUGACCACAAAUCAGUGACUACAAAUUUGAAACCAUUAUAACAUUAUUUUUUUACAUUGAUCUUGAAUUGAAUAAUAAAACAGCUGUCAACAUUCCAUUGAUAACCUUUCCCUCAGCACUCGUUUUACACUGAUUGCAAAGAGAUUCAAACAUCCAAACAUGUAUUCAUCAGCACAUCAGGUUGCUUUUUUUGUUUAAUUCAUUUUGUAAUUAAACUCUUUAAAAGAC